GCGCAGGACGAUCAAUCUUCAACGGGAUUGGAACCCGCGUCGCACCGUUUGGUUCCUAUGGGAGCGAUCCCUUCGAUGUCCACUUGCGAUGUCGAGAAUCAGGAGCAGGACGAUCAAUCUUCAAAGGGAUUGGAACCCGAGUCUCACCGUUCGCUUCCUAUGGGAGCGAUGACCCCUUCGAUGUCCACUGGCGAUGUCGAGAAUCAGGAGCAUCUGCAAGCUGAUUUGGUGGAGGCUCAUCCCUCCUCGGACGGGGAUUUGUUGGUGGUCGAGGCACGUGCACGUUUCUGCUCUGAAGUUAUGGGUCUUAAGCACCUGGAGGUUCAUGUACGAACGUGUAAUUACCGUCCCGUCGAGUGUUCCUUCAAGAAAGAUGGAUGCAAAGCUAUUGUUCAGUCUCUCUAUCUGGAGCUUCACGAGAUAUCUUGCCUCUUCAAUGUCAGUACACCUUUGUGUGACACGUGUGGCUUUCGUAUAGGCGCCAUUGACUCCAUGGGCAACCACCUUGCAAACAAUUGCCUUCGACCUUGUCCGUACAAGACGUCCGGCUGUCGAAGUCGGAUGGACUCUGGUGAUCUGGAUGAGCACGUCGCCACGUGUCCUUUCAGCAAAGUCGUUCCUCCUCCGGUUCUUGAUGAUCUCGGAGCGAGGCCAGAAUCUGACCCUGAUGCGACGGCUCCGUACAAUGCAUCUGGCUGUCCAAGUAGGAUCACAGAUUGUCGUGGUAAUCACGAUGAUCACGUGGCCACGUGUCCUUCUGGAGGAGAAGUCGCCACGUGUCCUUCUGGAGGAGAAGUCGUUCCUCCCCCGGUUCUUGAUGAUGAUGUCGGAGGGGCGCCAGAAUCUGAUGACGGGACCGGGACUGAUUCCACUCUGUCCCAAGGGGACGAGCCCGUUCAAAAACCGUCGGGAUCUCCUCUUCCUCGUAACUUGUCCACCCCGAUCCGGACAGACAAGGUUUUUGAUGAUCAUGUCACUAAAACGUUCACUCCGAAAGUCGUAGAGAGGAUUGUGAAGGGAGCUGGAGGCGAUGGGGGAGAUGGUGACGACGAUGGCGAUGGUGACAGGAAGGGGAAGAAGAAGAUUGGGGAUCCUAAAGAAAAACUUCCUCAGGAAUCCGGGCAGGUUAGCAAGAUUAAGCUUAAACUGCCCUGGACCUAUAAUGGGAAAAAGGAAGAGAGUGUCUUACAUUGGGCAGCCGCAAUUGAAACCUACGUGUACGGACAGCGUAUCCCAUAUUGGGACAGAGUAUUGAUGGCGACAUCAUGCAUGGGAGGCGACGCCAUGAGCUUUGCCAUCUCGCUGCAAAAGGAAGCGGGAUGCAGCUCUAUGGUAGAGUAUUUGCAGCAAACGCGAAUCGACGACUUCCUUAAGUUAAUAAGAGAAAGAUUCGAAGACAAAAAUCUAGCAAGACGUACAGAAAUGUUAAUUCUCAGCCUUCCUGACAGGAAAUGGAAAAGCACUUCUGCAUUAAAGGUCACAAUGGAUGAAUUGUUGCAAUGUCCUGAUCAUGGAUUAACGCCAGCCCAAAUUUUGAAUAGCUUUGCAAGAGCACUUCCGGAUCCCUUAAGAACACAGCUCUAUCCCCGAACCAAGGAAGAUGGGAUGACCUAUGAGAAGUUCGGCAAGAUCGCCAUAGAUCAUGCCGGCUUCCUCGCCGAGGCGAAUUAUUGCCACUUCUGGAAGGAUCUGCAAGUGGGAAAAAGAUGGCAAAACCGCACUAUCUCAGGGUCUAUACCUGGGAAAGAUAGUCUCCUUCUAACCUUUGAAGAAGGAGGCGCCGAGACCAUCUCCUGGGAUCAGGUUGACUAUGGUGUCGAUGAACCCAACAGACCGGUAGCUCAGGAGGGGAGUUACGCGGCUAUUGCAAACCGCGGGGGAGGGCGUCAAGGAAGAGGGCGUGGCCGAGGAAGAGGUCGCGGUCGUGGUGGAAGAGGAUUCGGCACCCAGAGGGGUGGUGGCGAAGGUAGCCACUACGUGGGAGGAAGGGGAAAUGAUCCCUCAUACGGUGGUCGUGGUUCUUACUCCACCUGGGGUAGAGGAAGAGGCUCAUGGUACAACAAGUGGGAUAAACCGUACCCACCUCAUCCAGGCCUACCCGAAGGGGAGCCUUGGAAGGAGCUUGGCAUAAUAGAAAAAGUAUGGACCGAAAGAAAGAAGGCAGACCAAUGCCUCAAAUGUGGGGACCCCGACCACAUUGUCCCCUAUUGCCCUGACUAUAGGGGGGCAAAAGGGAACAGCCAGUAGAGGUGCCAGUUGCCUCUACAGGGGCUUCGAGUGUUGAAAAAUCAGAAUCCUCCCACUCGAAGGCCCCAAUGGCAGAAACUGAAGAGGAAGAAAGUCCCCAUCUAGUGCACUGUCCAGAGGUGGCAAAGGUAUGCAUCUCUCUAGAUGGAUCCCUCGCUGGCGUGGGUGAUGAGUUGGCCGCUCGUCGCCAGGCCUGGACUGAAAUGCGUAAAAAGAAAGGACAGCUAAUAAUUGCAGAUCUAGAGAUAAAUCGGAUAAGAGUAG